AUGUUUCAGGUGGAUCAUUUAAAAUCACUAUUGGCAGCGGAAUCUGGCAAUUUCGCUUCAACUGUUCACGCUUUGGAGGAACGUCAUAGAAUCGCACAGUUGAGUCUCACGAAGGAGCUCUCAUCAACUCGUCAAGCGUUAGCGACCAUGGUGCAACAGUACGCCUACACCAAGCAGAUAUUUGAGAAAGCAGAGUCUCAGUUGCAUCAGUUAAAACAACGGGAUACAAACAAUCGCCGGAUUGUCGAUCGUUUGAUGUGCCACUUGACUCAACUGUGCAGCGAGAGGCAGAUCUUAUCUGAUCGCCUAGGCGAACUAGAAUCUCGUCUGGCUUGGUCAAUUCCCACGAGUUCUCGUCCUCUUCCAAUGCACUUCGAUUUCCAACAACUGGAUCUGAUGAAUACGAAUGCUCCUAUUGAACCCACUCGGAUAGAUCGUGUGGCAAAUUUAUUCAAUAGAUUAUCUGCAUUGGAAUGCCAAAUCGACCAACUGCAACGAACCGCUCAAGCACUGUCUGCCUGCUCGUCCAUCUUCCAGACCCGAGAGUUAGGGGUAAAUCCCCCAAUCCAAACUCUACCGAAUUCCUGCUGUAUGUAA